AUGGCCGAUGCUAGUCAACAACGCGCGGUGACUGUCGCCUUUGCACCACCGCCACCAUUGUGGAAGCAUUUUACUCGUGACAACCUAGACAAGCUUGAACAAAUCAAGACAGAAUCCAAGAACCAGGAUGGAACCGGCCAUGACCGAAAUUUGUCACCACUGGAGCUACGGGCUCUCAAUUUGCCCCCAGAGCUACGGUUCCUAGUACCACCAGAGAUUCCUGAUGGGCAGUACUCGGUCUUUGGCGAGCUGCAAACUUUAUCAACUACACUACCAUCCUUACAAGAGCAAGGGAUUGAGCAGCUAUACCCCGAACCUACUUCGGAAACUGAUCGCGACCCUUCACAACCAUCUCAGCCACUUAACCACGCCUAUUACCUACUGAAGAUUAGCAAAUCCCUUCUUCUCAACUUUUUGGAAUUUGUUGGAAUCCUCUCCGUCGCCCCAGAACAGUUUCAAGCGAAGGUGGAUGACCUGCGCAACCUUUUCAUUAACGCACACCACCUUCUCAAUCUCUAUCGACCGCACCAGGCUCGUGAAUCGCUUAUUAUGAUGAUGGAGGAGCAACUAGAGCGCGGCAAAGAGGAAAUAAAACAAAUGGAUAAGGUCAAGGCAGACAUCGAAGGCUACUUGGAACAACUUAAAAUCGAAGGCAGCCAGAUGAGCUCAUCAGAAGGAUCAGAUAAAAAUCAAUAUUCUAGGUCGAAAGGUACCUGA